AUGUCUGACUCAGAAAGUCUACUGUUGGGUUUAGUCAUAUAUUCAGCGGUUAAACCUAUAUUUAAAAUAUACUUUAUCAUUGCAAUCGGGUUUAUUCUUGCCAAACGAAAUAUUUUAACUGUAACUACAUGUCGUGAUAUAUCUGAUACAAUAGUCACAGCAAUAAUGCCGUGUUUGAUCUUCAAUAAUAUGGUUAGUUAUUUGAAAUCGUCGGAUAUUAAAAACAUUGGUAUCAUCAUAUUCACAUCCUGUCUAUUGUUCACUUUUGGUGGGUUUCUGGCGUACGGAAUUCAUUUGAUUACAAAGUCUCCAAAACGAUGGCUUGGAGGACUCAUAUCGGUAGGAAUAUUCCCAAACAUUAGUGACUUACCCAUAGCCUAUUUACAAACUUUUGCCAAGGGGGGAACCAUAUUCACCGCUGCGGAGGGAAAUAAAGGUGUGGCUUAUGUUUGUAUCUUUCUUAUGGGUAUGACCUUGCUUCAAUUUUCAUUUGGAUUGUACAGGUUGAUACAAUGGGAUUUCAGAGAUGAACUAAAAGGAGAUGAAGAUUUGGAAAGAAGUUCAAGUGGUGCAACUAAUGAUACUAAUAAGCUGAGUCAUGCGGAGGAUGACCUGGAGGAGAAAUCGACGCGAACAACAAGUAAUGACGCAAGAGAUGCAAUAAGAGCAGCUGCACACUCGCAUGAUGAUGCAGCCGAUGAAGAAGCAGUAGAUUCAUCGUCAGAUUCUAUUUACAGCGAGCUGAGCGAAGAGAAACGUAGAAGACGAAGUACAAUGGAUGAAGAACAUCAACAUAACGAGUUUUUACGAGCACAAUCCAGAAGGCAAGAGGAUCUGUCAGUAUCGGGAUCGGCAUCAUUGAAUCGAAGAAUUUCAAGAAGGAGAAGAGGUUCAGACAGUUCUGCUACCAGUGGUCCUCUAGAUUUGGUUCCGCCCAGGUCAAAUGACUUGAGGAGACAACAAUCACAAAAUGUUGAGGAUGUGAUUCAUGAGUACUCUGAAUUUGAUACAUUGAAAAAUCAGGAAUUGCAAAAAUCACAUUCUAGACAAGAACAACAAGAUGAACCAGAACCAGAUAUUGUCGGGGAAGAAGAAUCCAAAUUCAAGCUGUUUGUCAAAAAAAUGUUGCAAAAUUUGCGAGCACCUACUUCGAUAGCGUUGCUCGCAUCUAUCGCCAUUUGCAUGUCACCCCCUUUGAAGGCAUUGUUUGUGACGGGUAGUUUCAGCAAACACAUUCCAAAUGCACCAGAUGAGCAACCACCAUUGUCAUUUAUUAUCGACUUGGUAAGUUAUGUUGGAAAUGCAUCAGUUCCAUUGGGUUUACUUUUACUUGGUGCAACUCUUGCUCGUUUGCAAGUGAAGAAAAUGCCACCUGGGUUUUGGAAGACAGCAUUGUUGAUAACGUUUACUCGGUUAGUUGUUCUUCCUAUUUUCGGAGUUGGAGUAACCACGGGAUUCAACAAUGGUGGUUGGUAUGGUGACGACAAGCUAGUUCGUUUUGUUAGUGUAUUGGAAUUUGGAUUACCUAAUGCAACCUCAUUGGUUUAUUUUACUGCAUUCUACACAGAUCCAACUAGUGACGAACAUCUACAAAUGGACUGUUUGGCAAUCUGUUUGAUUACGCAAUAUUUGAUCUUGUGGUUUACCUUGCCGUUUUUGAUAACAUUCACGUUAAAAGUUUCAAUGGGCAUGUAA